AUGCCAUACGUAGCUCCUGAGGUCUUGAUUGGUCAACAAUUCACUCAAGCGGCUGAUAUAUAUUCUUUCGGUAUUAUUAUGUCCGAGAUAUCCGCUGGUAACAAAGCAUUUGAUGGCGUUCCGUUUGAUACUGAACCUGCUAUAAAAAUUUGUAAAGGAGAUCGACCAGAAUUUGGUAAAGGAACUCCAAAAUGCUAUGUGAAAUUGGCCAAAAGAUAUGGAACAGAUGGAUGA